CCAUCCUCCGCCCAUCUUCCAUCUCCCAUCGCCUCAACCCUCCCUCUACACGCUCACAUCUCCCUUUAUCUCUUGAAACUUGUCCCGGAAAUUUAUACUCAAUCUUAUUCCGAGCUUCUAGUUGCGCAAUUCUUUGUUAACCAUGAGUUCCCCUUUCGAUAUCAAUGGCGGUGCCUGCGUCGCCAUGGUGGGCAAGGACUGCGUCGCAAUCGCCUGUGAUCUCCGGUUGGGUAUGCAGGCCCUGACUGUCUCCAACAACUUCCCCAAGAUCUUCAACUACGGCCCCUCUACCUUCCUCGGUCUGACUGGUCUGGCUACCGACGUGUCGACUGUGUCCGACCUUUUCCGGUACAAGGUCAACAUGUACCGCCUCCGCGAGGAACGGAACAUUGCCCCCCAGACUCUCGCCAACCUGGUCAGUUCGUCGUUAUACGAGAAGCGGUUCGGGCCUUUCUUCGUCAGCCCCGUCAUUGCCGGAAUCAACAGCACAACGGGGAAGCCUUUCAUCUGCGGAUUUGACAGUAUCGGGUGUAUCGAUUUUGCGAAGGACUUCAUUGUUAGCGGAACUGCCAGUGAGCAGCUCUUUGGUACCUGCGAGGGUCUGUGGGAGCCGGACUUGUCUCCCGAGGACCUGUUCGAGACCAUCUCGCAAGCCUUGCUCAGCGCCGUCGAUCGAGACGCCCUUUCCGGUUGGGGUGCACAGGUGUAUAUCAUAGAAAAGGACAAGGUCACCAAGCGCCUACUUAAGGGAAGGCAAGAUUAGAUGGCAUUCUCUGGAGUAUAAUUGUUUUCUAAUGUCACGUCGUUCGUCUGUUUAAUUUACGUCCCUCUACAUGGAAUCUUGCUGUUGAUAGCAGUCUCUGGCGCCAAAUGUCUCGACUCAAAGAUACGUGCUGUCGAUAGAUAUUGACCAAACAGAAAAUGAGUAUUAUGAACUAUGAUCAAGCCCUGGAUAGCCAUGCUUGGGGUCUAGACUUGCCGCCUAAUACAAAAUAGGCCGAGUGAAGGGUACGAGCUACCAUGUGUUUUAC